CAAGACAAUUGUUCGAGUGAUGAAAAACAUUCUUUUACCCAGUCUACCGAAAUAAUCCGACAUAAUAUCAACAACAAUAUUAACAAACGCAAUCAAAAUAUUGAUAGGGAUGAUAAUAUAUCACAGCUUAAGGACAGGGAUUUUAAACUGAAAGAAUCCGUACCGCAUAGUGUGAAUAAAUUUGAGUGUACGGCAUCCAAGAACAGCGACCAAAGAGAGAUCCUUUGUGAAAUAUCAGAUAAUUCAGAAACAGAACAAUCUACCAUUGCCAAACAUUCUAAACCAGUUGGUCAACUAAAUUCGGAGAAAACGCUUAAAUCAGAAACAAACAAAUACAGAAAACUGAGCAAAGACAAAGCGGAAGAUAAUGUUCAAGAAGUUGGAUUAACGACAAACAUUCGCAGCUCAAAGAUCAAGAAAUAUGCAAGUGCAAUACCGAAGUUGAAAGGAAAUGUAGCAAAUACCGGUGGAUUAAGAAAAGUAAGUAAUUUCAGGAGUAAUCAGUAUACCUUCAACAAUACUGAUCUUUCUUCAAAUAAACACCGUACAGCUACAACAUCUCAACCCGAAAACAAAGUGAACAAACUUCGAGUACAGGAAACACCUACUACUACCAAUGUUAUCUCGAAUAAGCAAUGUCUACCUGUGCCCAAACAUACAGGUAAGAAAAACGUUAGUAGGUUGGAUAUAGUUGAUACAAUCAGUAGAACAGACAAGACAAUACCGUUUAAUAAAGGAGAUGUACAAAAUCAACGAAGCGAUGGUAUAAACAAAUACUGUCGUAAUACACGUGUUAAUGAACCGGUAACAAUUAAAGGUAGAUUAAGUAAGACUGGGAAGUCGAGGACAGCCCUAGUUACUUCUAAAGAGAACAGUGAUUUUACAGAAUCUUGCACUGAUAACAAAGUAAGUCAAGUUUUGAUUGAUGGGAAACAAAAUGAUGUAAAAAGUGCUGGAAAUCUCCAACAACUGAAAACUGAAUUGGACAUUCUAUAUGAGGACUUAAAUGCCGACAAAAAUAACCGAAAUGAGAUAGAAGAUCCGACAAAAAAUUCUGAAAGGUGUUCUAACGAAGGUAGGAAAAGUUUAAGCUUAAAUUCAGAACAGGACACUUUAAGUGCAAAUAACAAAAAUAGCCGAAAGUCUCCUUUAAGUUGUCAAUAUAAAUUUAAUGACUUUACCUGUGUGGAAUUCAUAUUAACUAACAAUAAAUCAACCACUGAGAAAUAUACAUUAAAUAUUGAAAAUGACAAAAAUAAAAGUGUUACCUCCGAGGUCAAAAAUAGCUUAAAACUAAAGAUAAAAGACAGGAAUGACAUUUUAAAAACAAAUGAAAAAUGUGAGUCAUCGAUUAAUCUCAAGGUAAAUUCAACGGAUGUGUCCUCGAACUUUAUGAAAUUUCAAAAAACGGGAAGUGAUGGUAUAAUGGACAUUGUUAUGCCUCCAAAAUGUGACAAAGGAAGAAAACACACAUUCAGUAAUGAUAAAAUUGAAAGAAAACUAACAGAUGAUGAGGUCAAAGAGACAGGAAAUGUAUUAAAAACUGCAAAAACUAGCGUAACUGCACACAGAUUAAAAUCAAAUAGUGGAAAAUCUGUAACAACACCACAGGUGAAAGUUAAAUCAUCAAUUAAAGAAGACGAUCAACGUAAACAUGAUUCAAAGAAAACAUCAGCUGGUGAUGUUCAUAAAAACAAAAUAGAUAAUGUUAAAAAUAAAAUUUUUGAAGAAAGGCAACUUCAUAAAGAUAAACUGUUAUCAAAAAACAAAAAAUUGUAUACUACUGACGUUGGAAAAUCUGACCAGUUAAAAAACAAACAAAAGGAUAAGGAAUCGUCGUCGAAAGGAGAGAAAUCAAGAGGACAAGAAGAGGUGGUAAUUAAAAAACACAAUGAUAGCAAUGUAUCAAGUAGUAAAGCAAUAAACAAAGUUUGUCAAAGUAGCCCCAACAGACAAAUAGUAGAAAGUGAUAAUAGACAAUCAAGUGAUAAAGAAAUAACUCAUGAAGUGGAUGAGACUUGUAAAGCUGCCAAAGAUAAAUCAAUUAAUUGCUCUGGAGGUACUGAAACUUUCUCCAAAGAUAAAUAUUCAAAAGAUGUCAGUUCUAAAUUGUUUCCAACAUCGGAUGCGCAAAUCAAAGUAAUUGAACAAACAAAACGUAAAGAAAGUGGUAGCACAAAUUUACGCUGCAAGAACUACGUUAGGGAACAACCAUCUGCCGAUCGAUUACAUAAUAUCAGGAGUAUUGGCAAUAAUAAUUCAGGAGAAAUUGAUCAGUUAGCAGACGGACAGAACAAUCCAAAUGAUCAGAAGGUGCAGCAAAAUGCACCGAAACAGUUAUCUUAUUUAUUAGAUUUGAACAUAAAAUCUGAGAAAGACAUUAGUUACGAUCAUGAAGAAUCUUCUGCAAAUAUUGUUGUUUAUAAUCAAUCAGAAGGUAACUGUCAGCAAUAUAAACUUGGAAACCUGUCAUCUGCUGACAAUGAAAAAUGUAAUGAAAGUUGUACAGGAUUAUAUCAAAGUGAAAAUAUUGUAGGAACUACAGGUCAAUGUGUAAAUGACCAUGACUGUGCAAUAUCAUCAUCAACCGUGGAGAGAAGUGUGCCAAAAGCGAUUAUUAAUGAUAAUAUGAUGAUGGGAAAUGAUUUACAAUAUAUGACAAGUGUUCCAAACUCAUGUCGAGGAUUUAGUGAAAGUAUCCAAAAAAACAUUUUGGAUUUAGGUACGAAUGAUUCUUGUAAUCAGGAUAAUAAUGAUUCAUUAACAUUCAUUAAUAACGGAUUAAGUAAAUCAACUGAAUCUACUGACAGAAAUAAUCGUGGUAUCUCGUUACCAUGUACGGUGUGUACGGAGAAAAACCUACAUUGUGACUUUACGGACACCAUACUGGGUAAUAAAGUGUGUGUUAAAAACACCGACCAAAUGGAAAAUCAAAAUGAUUGUUUCUCCGACACUGGCAGUUCUUUAAGUGAUCAUGGAAAACAAACCGAUAAUAACAAAGUUAAAGAUCAAACAAAAGUAAAAGGCGACAAACAAGUAAGAAGGAAAACAGAGAGAAAAUUGCUAUCUCCCAAAAUUUCAACUAAGAAAUUCAAUUCAGAGAUUCCGAAUUUGGUAAAUUCAGUAAAAGUGAAAACCCUGCCUAAAAGUGACAGGUCUGAAAAAGAAAAACUGAACCAAGAGAAUGCUAAACGCAAAGAAAAAAUACCACGGACAAGUACGCCUACUUCAAAUAAAUCAAAACCAAAAUGCGAUGGACAUCGUUCAUCAUCUAAACAGAGUUCGAUCCGUACUAACGACAAAAAGUAUCCUAAUAAUUUUACUGGUGUUACAGCUGGUCUCACCCCUAACAAACCAAUCGACAUUAUAAAGGAAUGGAGUCCGUGUUCUGAUGUUUCAAAUGCAUCAUCUAGCGGAUCUUACAAAGGUGUUAGGCCAAAAACUACAUCGUUUAUCAGAGGUAAGACUUACGAAUCAUCCGAUAAAUUAGUGAACACAUUAACAAGUCAAAAACAAAAGAAUACGUCUAAUAUUUCUAAAACACCCGUCGAAUGUUGUCAAUCAACGAGAAAAUCAAAUAGAAGUUUUUCUUCUCCCAAGAUAACGAAUUCAAAAUAUACACUGUCUGGUAAACAAUUAUCGACCAACAAAAUAAUCUCUGUUGGAUGUCCGUCAGCCGCACAGAAAACAGCAGAAAAUGUCAAAGACCGAGAAAAAUCAAUCAACUAUCAAACACAAUCCAAUGUCAAAACUGUAAGAAAAAGUUCAACUCCUUCUCCAAAUAGAAAACCUAAAGAUAAAAAUUUAACACUCAGCGAAGAAUCUCUCAAAAGCCAUAUUCCAAUAAAAGCUGACCAAGACAAGACAACUCCAAUAACCAUGCGACCAGAUAGCCUUCCAUUACAUACUACUACCCAAAAAAAUCUCCUUUCCUCAAAAGGAGAUGCUUCGCAUAAAAAUACUUCAAAAGUAAAUCGUGUCAUAUCACCAAACGAAAUGAAGAUAAAUGCAAAACACAAGACACAGCGUCAUUCGCCAAGUCCUACGAUAUCUCUUAGUUCAAGAGCUAGUAGUAUUGCAUCAUUAUCUGACCGAAAGGCAACUCAAAGACGACCAGUUAGUUGUAAAACCACGUAUAAAUCACAAAAUUCUAAUAUUCCACAGACAACCAACAGACAUCCAUCAGAAUCCUCGUCAGGUAAAAUUAACAAGAUUCCAAUAGCGUCUCGCCCGAAAAAAAUCCAGGCUAGUCAGAUGAAAGAUCUGAAGACACCGUGCUCGUCGAAAAGUUGUACACCAAGUCCUACCUUGUCGAGGAGCUCCAGGUCAUCAAGCGUCGUAUCUCCUUGUACAAUAAAGAAUCAAAAUUUGAAAAUUAAACAAGAAAUAACUAAGAAGAAACUUAACAUUUCAAAUUCACGAAAACCUGAGUUAUUACAAAUAAACAAAGUACCAAUUCGUAGGUCCAGUUUAUCAAGUAUCAAAACUGUCAAGGUUGCGAGGACACCAGAUGAUGAUAAAAUCGGAAAGCAAAUGACAACAGAAUCAAAAAUACAGAGAACAUCAAAACUUCCAAAGUCAAAAUUAACACAACAAACUUCCGUCGAUUGUAAAAAGCAUCGACCACAAACAACUAGUACAAAACAUAUUAAUGAAAGUACAUUUAACAAGGAUAAAGAGGAACACAAAACAAAUGUUAAGAAAGCUGAAGACCUAUUAAAACAGACUGACAAAAAGUCACACGAAGAGGAACAUCCCAUUUGUAAUAAGACUUCUGAUAUCAAUGCAGAAACAUCAAACACAGUUUGUCUGUCUGAUAAACCUGAUCAUGUUCCUAUAACAGAUCAAAUCAAAGAAGAGCCGUUUGAUUUUUGUGAAGCACAAAAUUCAAAUAUUGUAACAAACCAACAACUUCAAAAACAGGUGCAAGAUCCAUUAAUGGAGAUUAGAUCUAUAUCAAAUAGUAAGACUAUUACUCCCAUGGAAUUUCAACAGAAACCCGAAGUUCACUCAAGUGUCGAAUCUGUGUGUAGUGAACAAUACUGGUCCGCAAGUGAAGGAGAAAACGAACAUGACAACUUACAAUUAAAAGACAGAGUCGUUCCUAUGAUUCUAACUAACGAAACAAUGGAUAGCAACAAAAACAAAGAGAUUUUAUGCGACCAGCACAAUGAUGCAGCGUAUAGUGUUGCAGACGAUGAGUGUGAAAAAUCUCACGUGCAGUUGUCAGACAAUUGUGCAUUGAAUACUUUGCCUUUAGAAUCUAAAACCGAUUUGUUACAUAAUUAUAUUGACAGAACAUGCACGACAGAAAAUGAUUUAGAAAAUUCAACUGAUUUAAUGAUAGAAAAUAUUAGUCAGCACUGGAAAUAUGAUCAUGAUACGUCAGAACGGCUUAUAAACACUUUUUUGCCAGUUGAUUCGGAAGAUUUUGAUAAGGCUCAAUAUGUGUCUAAAGAUUAUGAAGAGAAUAUCUCCCAACAUUCAAAUUUAGAACAACAUCUCAAUGCAGGAAACGAUAAAUUGAGCGUAGAAAUAAAUGAAGUUAAUCGAUGUAAAUUUGAAUCUAAGUACAACAUUGAUAUAGCGGAAAACGCUGUCAAAGAAGUAUAUGUCAAAACUGAAAAAUUAUCAGAGCCAAACAUUAUGGAGCACCUGAUAAACAAAAACUCAUCUAAAUCAGAACAUUUACCAGAGGAAGCUGUUGUUAUAUACUCUGAACAACAAUCAGAACAGCAAUGCGAAGAAGAAUGCAAAUGGGAAAUAAGUUCAAAAGGGCAUCUUUAUUUGGAAAGCAACAGCAUUGAAGAGGACUUUGCAUCAACAUACCAUUCAGAGGGAUAUUUUAAUAAUGGAUUAUAUUUAGAGUCAAGCAAGGGCGACUUCAACACGUUUGAUAAAACGGAAACGUAUGAAGUGAGAACUCCAUCAAUACAAGGAAAUAGUCAAUUUGAAACAAAAACAAUUAAUCAAAAUGAGGAAGUUUCAAGAGUACGAGAUGAGCUAAUUUGUGAAAAUAUCAAUCUUCUAAAAAAGGAUUAUAUAAAAGAGUAUGACUGUCCAGAAAACAAGAUUUAUGACAGGACUAUAACAACAUUUGAAAAUGUACAGUUGUAUUGUAAUCCAACUUUAGACGAAUCUGUUUUAUCAAACAACGUCCGUUCAAAGGAAGAUUUAACUUUAAAAGAUGAAAUUUACAGUGAUAAGAGUUUUAUCGAUUCAACGACUGAACUGAACGAAACAGAAUCUGAGCAUAGUGACAGCAGCAUGGCAAGUAGUAGCGUACAAAACUCUCCGGGUACCCGACGACCACGCCGUCAGUUUAGCAGGGCAGAACGUAAACAAAAGUACGAACAAUUGUCACUUAAAAGUCAACAAAAUAGCACUGUUUCCUCUUCCACGAAGAAUUCAAGACUUGAUGACUGUUCACAUUAUUCAAAAGGGGAAGUGCCGGUUCUACACACCAAUGAAAUCUAUCAGACAUCUUCAUCACACAAAUCUGAAACUUUUGAUAGUGCAGGUAGAAAUAUAUCUGGUACAUGUUAUAGCGAAAGUUUAAAUUCAAAAAGCAGAUGCACAGAAAGUUCACUGAUUAAUAAAAGUACGGUUCGUCUCAAAUAUCACACGGAUGAAAGCACUAAUAAACAUGUCGAAGAAAAACUAAACGAAGAGGCAACUUUUACAAAAAUAAUAACUUACGAACAUGAUACAACAUUAUCUCAUUCACAAAGCCAAGAUUCUGAGUUAAUUUUAGUAGAUAAAACAGCAUUAUCAAGUGUUAAACGCUCUGAGGAUUCUGAAGCGGAUGCCUCACAAGGUGUCGUGAAAAGGACUUUACCGGUUUCCAACACGACAGAAAACAGACGUGCCAUAAAUUUGGACAAACUUUUUCGUUCCGAGGAAGGAUUUUCUAUAUCUGUGGAAUGCACUUUGCAACUGAGUGAACAGGUACCUAAAAUAAGUAAAACAGAAUGUGUUCAUGGAAAAUCAGAUGUGCAUGUUUCAUCAGUUGACGUUGAGGAAACCGUUCAGUUGUGUCUUCGUGACGACGAGUCCUUGUCAGGAAAUGAAACUGGUGUUAGCUUGGAAACUCUUAAAACUGUAAGUAAUGAGCAUGUUUUUGAUAUUGGUCAGGUGAUAAACUCUUCACCUGAUACAAAAUAUUAUCAAGAUAAGUUCAUGCCAUCAGAUACGAGUAUGCAAGAUAAGAACAUUUUCGUAGAUGCUAAUUAUGAAUGCACACCAAGUACAUCGAAUUUCAAUAUGAAUAUUUCUGAUAAAAUCCAAAAGGAAGUUGGCACAAGUUUUUCUGAUGAUAUCACAUCAAAUGAAAUAAAAGAGACAGAAUAUGAUAUCGAGCAGAAGUCGUCAAAUUUCAAUAAAUGUGAACCUCAAUUAGAAAGUAAUUUGGUACUAGAUAACAGUAACAUCUUGCAUUCCUCUGAUACCGAACAUCUGAAACAUGAACAAAAAAUUUCAAAUUCUCCAUUUGCAGAAAUGCAUGAAAAAUUUGUGAUAUGCGUUGCAAACAAUGCCAUCCCUUGUAUUGAAAAUGAUAAGUCAUCAAAAACGUGUUCUGAUGAAGCAAGUGAAAACCAUGUUGAAAACAAUGUAAGUCAAGCUGAUAGGAAACACAUGACUUUGGAUUUGCCCACAAAUGAGAAACAUAAUAGUGAAAUGGGUCUGACAGCUAAUGUUAAAGUACAAAAGAGUAGAGACAGGAAAAAUAUAAGGCGCCUUACCGAUACAAUACUUUUUGAUGGACAUAAUGAAAAGAAUAAUGCUACAUCUACACCAAAGAUCAAGCAAAGAGCAAGAAGCAAGAGUCCUGUAGGAUGUUCUCAUUCACGAGACAUGGACAGUGACCAGGUACACAGUCAUUCUGGACAUGGGAAAGUUUCAGAGAUAUGCAGUAAAUUCAUUCAGAAAACAACACCUGGAAUUAUUUCUGUUUCGCCAUCUGACCCUGGACUGGCCUGUCAUUUGAAAGCUGUUUCACCAUCACGACAUAUGAAAUGGGCACGUGUCGAGGGUGUAUGGCAAAGGGUUCCUGUUGAUGAUUCCUUUUCUCCCUCAUCUGACGUAAUACCGAGGGAAGUUCAAAAUAAGGCAUCAAAACCAAAUAGGAAAUCGAAUGAAACUUUGUUUCAAUGGAAAAAUUUAUAUGACAAAAUUCAGAAGGUUCAACAAGAAAAACGUGACCUGGAAGACGAAAAUACUAUUGAAUCACAUGAUGAUAUUCAUAGCCUGAUUAAUAACAUCGAUAAAACAGAGAGUAGAGACACCGAAAUUGACUCAAAGAUAUCAAAAACCUCGAAGUCAAAGCCCAAACCACCAAAAACACUGCCAAAACCAAAACGUCAUACCAAAUCUGACCAUACAACAGGAGCCAAAGUUUUGUCCAUCAUACAUCCAAAAGGUGAUAAUGAGUUGAACAAUGUUUCAUCAGAUGGGGAUAACGAGCUAACAAUAAUGCACAAAAACGAAGAUGGCACUAGAAAUAAAAGUAAACAGGUGCAGAAAAGUGUCGAAGAUAAUAAAGAAAGAGAGGAAACAAUAUGCAUCCAGUUAAUCUCUUCAGAAAAAGAACACGAAAAACACAUAAGAGAAGAAACGUUCAAAUCGACCGCUACCAUGAGUAAAAUCACAAUAGAUGAGAGGAUUGUUGAAUGUAUAUCUUUCAAAAAAUUGGAUGGCGACAAAAUCAUUGAAAUCACUAAAGAAAAUGAGAAGAAUGGAAUUAUGCAAAUUGAUAGCCCUGAGGCUGACAUGGUGGGAAUAAAAGAGUCAUUAUCAGCAUGUAAAACACAAGAUAGGGAACGUCCAUUAGAAAAUAAAUAUGCAGAAGAGAAAGUAAAAGUCCAACAUAUGUCAAACGAGAAAGACCAACCUGUUCUUAUUAAAAGUAAGUUGAAACAUGGUCCUGAUACAAGGAAAACAGCAUCGGGAUGUGCAGAAAAUUUUAAUGUUUUUGAUGGUAUACCAUCAUUUAGUAUUGACAAUGAUGGUCAAAUGAAGCAAAAAACGGUACCCAUCAAGCAAGAAAUGUUUCCGAAGGAAGAAGAUAUUUCCUCGGAUUUUAUAGCUAAAGUGCUCAGAGUGAUGGAUUCAUUUACAACCGAUAAUGAUCAAAGUUCUGGUGUUCAAUUCGUUGUUGGGAAUGAAGAUUCUAAAAGUGAUUUACAUAGGGAUUAUAGGAAUACAAAUGUUCCCCAUCAUGACAACGACAGAUCAGAGACUGGGCUUUUCAUGUAUGGACAGAGACAACCUAAGCUUCUGUCAGAAAUUUCAGAACUUGAAGAAAGAGGUAAUGAGGACAUCCUCGAAGAUACAAACAAAAACAUCACAAACAGAAAGGCUGUAAACAGUCCACCUUGUAGUACUCCGUCAUCUAUCAACAGCAGAAGUCCUUGUUUACAGAGAUCGUCGUUCUCACAUAGAUCACACAGCCUUCCAACUACUGCUCUGUCCCAUCCUGGAAGUAGAAUUCUGUAUCGUAAUGGCUCAUUCAUUAUUGAACCUGAUUUUCCAGAGGAAAUUGAUGAAGAUAACGAAACACAUAGUCUUGACAUUGAAAAUGGAAAUGUGAAUAAUAGUAACACAAUGGGAAGGGAUUUGAUACAAGACCGGACUAACUAUUCUAAGUGCAAGCGGUCACAGUCAGAAGCAGAUUUGUGUGACGUUGAUGACAAUUUGUUUUUACAGAAUGACGGAAAUUUAACUGUAAUUGAAAACGAAAAUGCUGACAUCCCCUUACAUGGUGCACAAACAGAACAUGUGGAUGAUUCUUAUACUCAGCAUUCUCCUAUAGAGCAAAAUGAAUUAGUAGAUACAGGAGUUGAUAACAAGAGAAAAACUAGGUUAAAAAAGAAGUCUCGAUUAGCUGCUCGAAGAAGUAGAAGUUUUAAGGAUUUUUCUGAAACAGAAAAACCUAUUGUUGCUUUACGCAGGAACUUAAGUUUUGUUGAGGCAAUAAAGUAUAAAGAAAAUUUAAAUAUUCAAAAUAGGAAUGGUAGCCUUCAGAGUCUCAAUUCAACUACCAGUGUUGAAGAAUCUCCUCGCCAUGACAGAAAAAUGUCUUUAGAUGAUACCAGAAGCAAAAGUCAGGGGUUCUUACAGAAGGUGUUUGCUCGACGAAAAGGAAGUCUCGAUCAGGGAGGAAAGAAAAAGUCCUCAGAAUCAAAGGAGUCAAUAUUAUGGAAAAUGUCUUUAAAAACAUUAUUUGGUGCCAAGAAAACCAAAGAACAAUCUGUUGAAAAGGUGCUUUGUGAAGAACCACCAACUCCACCUAUUGCUGCCUUUCAAAGUGACAAUGAUAUUCAUAUAAUGGAUUCUGCCCCGGGAUCACCCUAUUCUAGUCUAAGAUUUAAAAGGCGUCAUACAUCUGCUGAAAUUUACGAUCAAAGUGGUACCUCUUCUUCCAGGAGCUCAUUAGAUAUUGUAAACCAUCGAUCUCGUUCUGGUCGUUUUGAUGAUCAACUAAGCGUAAAAUCUUUCAAUUCAAGUAAUCUGUCUAUAUCAGAACAACCAUUACGGCCAAAAAGUCCUAAACCAAACGUGACAAUUGUUCGUAGAAAUUCAAAUAUAAGCUUACCAAGUUCACCCACUAAUGAAGUGAUGUUUGAUAUGGGUGGAAAACUUUUAGAAUCUGUUCACAGAAAAUAUGACAGUAUCGAUGCGACAAAGAUAAUAAACGGCAAUAACUCAAAUCACUAUGCAUCUGCUGAUGUCCCUACUCACAGACCCAACAAACUGUCUGCUAUUGACUUAGAAAAGCUUGCUUCACUUGUCCAGAAUGACAUGACAUCCAGUAACAGUAAUGACAGUGGUAUACAGCAUGAUGUCAGUGUACACUCCAGUAACGAAUCUUUGAAGGCAAAUACAGACAGUUCAAAUGUAACAAGGAGAAGAAAGUCUCCAUCACCAAGACCAGAAAGACCAAAAUCAGAAAUCAGUGUAAGAUGGGCCGACCUUGUAGAGACUACCGACAUAUCUCCCGUCAAACGGAGGGAGAGUGGAGAAAAUCGACCAAGACCAAAGUCAGAUUUAGAGGAUAAUUUACAACUUUUUGAUGAAAUGUAUGAGGAUAUCUUUGACGACUUUGGUUAUUUUACAGGAGGAAGCUCUCUAAGUCCAGAUAUGAAACCUUUUGGUAGUCAGAGCAGUCUGCAGUUGAUGUACAGUUCCUUACAGAGUUUGGAUUCAUUACGGAAACAUGAUUCAUAUGAACAGAAACCAAAUAAACGACGGAUGUCCACACCUCAUCCAAUCAAAACAAGAUUAUCAAGAGUACCUCCUAAACAACAGAAACGUGUGCCCCUCGUCAGAUCUCACAGUAUGCCAGAAAGUCUCGACAAACUCCACCGCAGGAAGAAACUUCAUAGUGCAAUAGGUUCAAGUAAUCUUCAUGAUAUAUACCUCAGACACUUUGACGAUGACAGUAGUUCUGAUGAUGGUUCAGAUAUAUCAGUCGAUCACAUUGUUCUCAAUGAGAAAAGUUUAAGUGCAAGGUCAUCAAGAGCAGGAUUAUCUACCCUUGACGAGAUGCCAGAGAGUGAAAACCGCACAUAUGCUGAAGCAUUAUGGGACCACAUUACAAUGGACCAAGAAGAGUUACGAUUCCGUGCUGGUGAUCUGUUAGAGAUUAUAGACAUGAAUGACAAAGACUGGUGGUAUGGUGCUUUAGAUGACCACCAAGAAGGAUGGUUACCUGCCACCUUUGUUAGGUUGCGUGUAAACCAAGACCAUUUUGAGGAGGAUUUUAUUGGCCGCUUCUCAGAAAUACCAGAACACACUAGUCCCAACCUAAGACGGAUCAGUAUGAUUAAUCCAGACCAAGGACGGAUCAAUGUCAUCAAUGAAAUCUUACAAGCUGAACAAGACUAUGUUAAGCAUAUGAAAGAUGUAGUUGAGGGAUAUAUAAGACAUGCUCGUAAAAGAGUAGAUAUGUUUACUGAGGAGAAGAUAUCUGUGAUAUUUGGAAAUAUAGAGGAAAUAUUUAAAUUUUCCACCCAGUUUCUAGAGACUUUAGAAAGUGCCUAUUGUAAAGAACAGCCUCAUCAAAGUGAACUUGGAAAAUGCUUUCUUAAACAUAGCAAAGGAUUUGAAAUAUAUUCAGACUAUUGCAAUAACCACCCAUCAGGUUCAGCAGAACUUAAAGAUUUAUAUAGAAAACAAAAAUACAGACAUUUCUUUGAGGCUUGUCGUCUUUUACAAGAAAUGAUAGAAAUCCCAUUAGAAGGCUUCCUUUUAAAUCCCGUCCAGAAAAUCUGUAAAUAUCCACUACAGUUAGCUGAGCUUCUCAAAUAUACCCCACAAACACAUCCAGACUACGUCAAUAUACAGCAAGCUUUAGAAGCCAUGAAAAAGAUUGCAGCUCUCAUCAAUGAAAGAAAGAGAAAAAUGGAGAGUAUUGAAAAACUAGCCAGAUGGCAGCAUACUGUGGAAGAUUGGCAGGGUAAAGAUUUAUUAGAACGGAGUUCUGAGUUAAUAUACUCAUCAGAAAUCAACAAAAUUAACUCUGCAGGCUGGUCACAAGAAAGAUGGUUUUAUUUGUUUGAUCACCAACUUGUGUAUUGUAAAAAGGAUUUGUUAAAGAGGAAUGGUUUUAGUUAUAAAGGCAGAAUAGAUAUUGACGAGUGUGAUAUUGAAGACAUUGAAGAUGGAAAAGAUGUGCAGUAUAAUGUAACAGUGAAAAAUGCAUGGAAGAUUCACGAGGUAGAUAAAGAUAAGUGGUACUUAUUGUAUGCAAAAACACCAGCUGAGAAACAGAGAUGGUUAAAAGCAUUCCAGAAAGAAAGAGAGAGAGUUAAAGAGGACCAAGAAAAUAAUUUCAUGCCAGACCAUUGGAAAAAUAAAAUAUUAAACAGAAUAAAAGCUUCUCAGGAAAAACAGAACUCCAGAACACAGUCUGAAAUACAGUACAAACAGGAGUUCAUAAGAGGAAUUCCAUCUCAUGCUACUCUUCCUAGGUCCUAUAGUAAAAAACAAAACAAAAGAAGAGGAUGGUUUCCAUUUGGUGGGAAGCAGAAAUCCAAAACAUGAUCAUGAUAGAUCUCUUUCUAAGGAUGAUAAAAUCAGAAUCAUGAUUCACUAUAUGGAUUAUGAAUAAGAUCAGCUGACAAGACAGAUCGAACUACUGAACAGGACUUGUAUGAUGGAAAAUGUGACCAAAGGGAGAUAAAUCAAAUAUUAUACAUUUAAGUGAUCAAAGCAUAGAAUGUGUGAUAGAACACGACUUGUGACAUACCAUUUUUGUGUAAAGAUCUGAUACCUCUGUUUUUCCAUAACCAAAUACUAACAAAUAUUUUCUAACAAUUUAUAGUAUAUAAUGAUGAUAAUUUUCUUUAAAGAUAUGUCACAUUUCAUAUGGUGCUCUUGAUAUAUUCGUCAUCAAUCAUUAUUCCAUUUUAUGAAAAGUUAUCAUCAAAGUGCUAAUUCAUGUCAGAAAUCAAAUAAUUGUAGGAUUAAUUUAUUGUUGUAAAUGACCAAGUCAUGUUAUUUUUUGUGUCACUGCUAUAAAUUUUGUCUUUGUGAAGUCAUUAAUACUUUUUUCUGUAUCUAAUUGACUCCAAGAGUAAAUUUUUGUAUAAUCAUUCUAUAAAUGAAAAUAAAAGGUAGAUAGAUACUUCAUCAUUUUCGCUCAUUUUCGAAUACAUAUUCAUUUUAGUGUUGAAGUUUUAUCCUCUUUUAUUUUUGUACCUUCGAUUGCUGACCUAUUGAUAGAUUUAAAUGGAAAAUAUUAAUUGUCUUAUUUUACUGUAAAAUAAGCUUUUGAUUGUAAUCCUUUAUUUAAAUGUUUAGCCUUUGACCAAAAUGAUAAUAUUUCUUGCUAUCAAACCAAAGUGAUAACAUUUCCAACUAGUACAAUACAUCAGAUUAAACAAAUUAGAAAAUUCCAAAUGAGUGAGAAUGUAUCUCAGGCACAUUCUAUCUAUUGUGUAGUUCAUUAACAUUAUGAUCUCAUAUUCAUUUAUUUCCAUAUAUUUGCUCAUGAUAAUUACUUUGCACAGGCUGAGGAAGAAUGUCACAAAAUCAAAUCACCAAAUUUUCAAUUUAUUUCAGCACUAAAAAAAAAUGGAAAUGUUAGUUGGUAAUAUAUUGCUUUUACAGAGGAAACAAUAUUUUUUUUUAUGAAAGUAAAACACAUCUCAUGAAACUGAAAGAUUUUUUUAAUCUUAGCCUGUGCAAAUUUAAUAAGUUAUAACUCUAGUCUUGAGUUCCAGUUUUAUGUGAUUAAUUAUAUUUGUAAAUUUUAGAGCUUUGUAUAUAUAAUGAAUUAGUGCUUUGUAGUGACCCUGAGAUUGACUCUCAAUAGAAAAUUUAAGCGAGUAUAUUAUAUUUGAAGAUGUAUAAAUUGAUUGAUAGAAAUAUUAUAUAUUACUGCUGUUAAUAGGCAGAAGCAAGAUAGAAAAUGUAAUGAAAGAAAAGUAAAAAAUCACAAAAUUAAA